GAUAAGGUUAAAAUAUGUUUGGUAUUUCAAACAUGAGGGGUGUGUGGGGGUUUGGGUAGUAAAAUUGAAUAAGAAGACAUAAUAUACCGGUGAAACAAUAUGGAUAUCGCUACCCCGCCAACAAGUACAACUGUAAACAUAGAUGGAAGCGGCAACGAAGUUCAUUUUCAUCAACCGCACGUAUAUGAGGACCCACAGUAUACUUUUGAAAUGGUGAGAGAUUUAUUGAAGAAGCAAACAGUAGACAACGACGUGCAGGUUCAUAUUCUUAACUGUAACCAAUCUGACAUCCCGGUUAUACAUCCGCUUCUUACAAAGAUAUCAUUCUACAACCGUGGGGCAGUGAUGGAGAAUGAAGCUUACGCUCCGUCAAACACUGAACCAAAGCUAAAGAAAGGUGAAAAUAUCUCAUUUGACAGCUUUGCAGAAAGUCAAUCAAAGUCCAAUCCAGAAAGUCAACCUAAGUCCGAUUCAGAAAGUCAACCUAAGUCCAAAUCAAAAAGUCAACCUAAGUCUAAUUUAAAAAGUCAAUCUAAGUCCAAAUCAAAAAGUCAAACCAGGUCCACUGGUUUUAUUGGAAAUGCUGGAUCCGGUAAAACAACAUUAUCAAAGCGGAUGCGACGACUGCACGAGGAUGCCGGGAAAAUAGUUCUUCUCAUUAAAGUGAUGGACCUUAACUACAGUCCAAACCACAAGCUCAAUUUGAAAGAAUUUCUUGUCGAUAAUAACUUCCACAAGUUAACAGAAGAGAAACAUCGUAAAGGCGUGUUCAAAUACAUAAUGGAAAACCAAAAUAAGUGUGUUCUUAUACUUGACGGGUUGGACCAAGCGACUUGGUACCAAGAUAUGAAAACAUCCAAUCUGGGGACCGAUGCAAAACUACAUAUCGCUGAAAUUGUGGCAAAUAUUUUCUCAGCUACGUAUCUCCCUGAUGUAUGUCUGUACGUGAUGUCCAGACCGCACGCAAUGAUCGGCCUGCAAGAUCAUCUACGCCCAAAGCGGACGAUCUAUUUGCAGGACUUCACUCCCGAAGAUACAAGGACGCUCUUCAACUUCUUUGCUGGAGAAACAGCCAACCAACUGUGGGAUAAAGUUCAUGCAGAAUCCCCACAACUAGUGACCUUCAUAUCUAACCCACUAAUGAUGCAACUUAUCGUUAUUUCAAUGCGUUACCCUAACAGUGCUGGCAUUAAAAACGUAUCGACGAUGACGCAAGUAUUUACCUGCGUACUUGAACACCUCAGGAGGGUCGGCAAUACAGUUACUGAUAUACCACAACUAACUCGUCAACUAUCCAGGAUCGCCUUCGCAGCAACGGAAGAAGGAACAGUUCUGAUAAGUGACCACGCAUUAGCAAGAGAACAAAUCACCGCAGAAGAGGUACAAGACCUUAUUAUAAGCGUUGCUAAUACCAUGAUAUCCCAGAGAGUUUUCGAGGGAGAUAUAAAACAUUACUUCUCCCAUCAACUGUUUCAAGAGUAUUUCUCAGCAAGUUACAUCAAGAACGAGAUGUCAGUUGCGGAGUUUAAAAGAUUUCUUGGAAACAAACUUUUUGAUAACCACUGGAGCAUGGUCACGUGGUUUCUGUGCGGGUUGUUGGUAAAAAAAGACGAUGACGUGUCUUCUGUUUGUUGCGUAAACAGAGGAGUUAAACGAAAGCGUGAAGCACCAUGGAGCAAAAUCUUGGCUUUUUUUCGACCGCAACCGCCCCCUAGAGAUACAAUGUCACUCAAACGAGAUUUGAUUCUGCAAGAAAUGUUUCGUCGUUUCAAAGCAGUCGACAUUCCUUACACUAAAGAUGGAAAACGUUUGUUUCUGAACCUGCUAUUGGACCUGAGGGAAUGCGAUAACGAUGUAGUUAUCCAAACUGCAGCAGAUCACUUCCCGGAUCUGGUCGAUCUCAGUUAUUCUGUUCUUUCUAUGUGUGAAGCCGACGCUUUGUCACGUGUUCUAAGCAAAGUAAAGAAAUGCGUCAAACAACUUGAUCUACGUCAUAGUGGGAUUACGUCACAAUCGUUUAGAGUGAUCGCACGCGGGAUAAAAAACAUGAAGGGAACAAUUGCUGAACUCCGAAUUGCUGGAAACUUCCUGGAGUCAGAAGAUGUUGGAAUCUUGUGUGAGAUCCUCCCUAAGAUUGAUCUGAUGCUACAACUUGCUCUUUGCUUCCGAAACGAAGGUCCGGGAUUAAUCUGGAGGUUCGCUAAUGAAGAAGAGGAAAGGAGGAUUCAGGAAGCUUUGAAUAACAUUCCUGGAUCGCAACUGGAGAUUUCAAUCGACGUUGACAACGAGAGGUAUCUGAAGAGAGAGGAAACGUCGUAGACAUCUAUUACCUACACAUGC